AGAUAUCCUUACGGUCAUGAGGAGCUUGCUGUUUGCGAGGAUAUAGAUCAGGUUCGUUCUGCCAUGGAAAAAUAUCCUCCUCCUUAUCAGUCCAUAUUUUCCAAGUUAUCCUAUGGCGAGAGUCAGAUGCUUGACAAGGCAUUUUAUGAAGAGGAGGUGAAACGGCUUUGCUUAGCAUUUGAGCAGCAGUUCCAUUAUGGGGUGUUUUUUGCAUACAUGAGGUUGAAGGAGCAGGAAAUCAGGAACUUAAUGUGGGUAUCUGAAUGUGUUGCACAGAACCAAAAGUCCCGAGUGCAUGAUAGCGUUGUUUUUAUAUUUUAAUUGCUUCAAAGCUAUUUUACAAAAAAUUCCGCCGCCUGCCCUUAACAUCUUUCUGUAAAUUUUGUUGCAUUUCAGUCCCUUUGUCUUUGCUCAACCUUAAGUUUAUAAUAAGUUGUGUGAUUGCUAUGUUAGUUGGAAGGAGAAAUCUUUCACAGACAUCAAUUAAUUCAUGUCAAUUUAUUCUUCUGAUGUGCAAUAAAAUAUCUGGGGUAUGCAAUAAAAUAUUUGGGGUGUACA